UGUAGACAAGCAAAUUAAAAUAAUUUAACAGUUUAACUGAUUUCCAUAAUAAUAAUAACCGAUUUGUUUCAACCCUAUCUCCCUACUUUAUCAUAUUAAAUAGAUUUGUUUUUACCAUAGAGAAAGGUCUGUUAUAUUUUCUGUUUAUCUUUAUAAGUGUCUUUUUAUUUAUCCCCCCUUUUCCGCUUUCACCUCUCAGUGGAAUGGCUUAAUCCAUCGCAGAGUUUAAGACAACAAGGUGUAGAUGAAAAGGAAAUUCUACUAUUGAAACGUCGAUAUUUCUUCUCUGAUAUGAAUGUGGAUGCUCGUGAUCCGGUACAAUUAAACUUAUUAUACGUUCAACUUAAGGAUGCUAUUUUGAAAGGAACUCAUCCUGUUUCUCUAGAAGAAGCUGUCUAUUUAGCUGGUAUUCAAUGCCAAGUUCAAUUUGGAAAUUAUGUUGCGGAGAAAUUUAAACCUAAUUUUUUAGAUUUGAAAGAUUUUCUACCAAAAGAAUAUGCAAAAAUUCGUAGUUUAGAAAAGAAAAUUUUUCAACAGCAUGCUGAAUUAUGCGGUUUAAGUGAAAUUGAAGCAAAAGUGAAAUAUUGUCAAUUUUGUCGCUCAUUAAAAACGUAUGGAAUUACAUUUUUCCUAGUAAAAGAACGAAUCAAAGGUAAAAAUAAAUUGAUACCACGUUUAUUGGGUAUAACAAAGGAUAGUGUAGUUCGAUUAGAUGAAAAAACCAAAGAAGUUUUGAAAAUUUGGCCACUUACAUCAAUUUGUAAAUGGGCUGCCUCACCACAUGCAUUUACUAUGGAUUUUGGUGAAUAUUCACCAGAUGAAUAUUAUACAGCACAGACAUCAGAAGGCGAACAAAUCUCUCAACUAAUUGCUGGUUACAUUGACAUCAUAUUGAAAAAACAAAAAGCUACUGAUCAUCCCGGUUUGCAAGGUGAUGAAGAAUCUGCAAUGUAUGAAGAAAAUGUUCAAGCUGAACGGGCUACGAUUGUUCAGCACCAACGUGUUCCUGUUCGUGGUCGUGGAAAAGAUCAACUUGUCAAUGGUGUAGUUGAGAAACCAUUCGACAUUCAACAACACAGAAAUGAUUUAUCUAGUCAUCAAAUGAAUACAAACGGUGUAUGGUCUAUUCAUCAACAAAAUAAUCUUGUAGGUGAUGAAAAUUCUACAGUAAUCGAUGGUCAAAGUGUAUUAACAGCAACAACGACACGACAAAUGUCACCUGAUAAUUUUAUGACUGGUGGAACUCAUAUUUUCCACUAUCAAGAAAUGUCUCCAGCACAAAAAUCUCUCUUAGUUACAAUUAAUGAAGAUUUGGAAACAUUACAAGCUGCUAAAGAAAAUUUAGAUAUUGGUCCACCAACUGAACGUCAUCUACUCAAUAUUGGGACAGAUGAAGCAUCUAAACGUUGGUUAAGUGAAUCUAUGGGUGCUAGUCAAGCGAAGGUGACUGAUGAAGUCGGUGCUAUGAAUGCUGCUGUAGCUCAAGCUUUACGUUCAGCUAAUCGAGCUGAAUCAACUGAUAUCAAUGUUGUGCAACAAGGUCAGCCAUUGGAUCAAAUACAUGAUCCUGGUGAUGAUUUAAUGAUGAUGCAACAAUCAUUUCGUGUAGUUACCAUUCAUUUCCCUGCAUUUGUUGAUGAUUUAAAACGUGUCGCUGUACUUCGACGUGAAUCUGGUGCUUUGAAAGCUGAUCAAACUGGUCAACCUAUUAUUGCUGAUAAAACCGAAGAAUCCACUCAAAAUUUAUUAUCAGCUGCUCGUCAUGUCGCUGAUGCAUUCACUGAUCUGUUGCAAUCAGCUCGACCAUUAGCUAUGGGACAGACACAUGAAGAAAUUUAUCCAACAUCAGAUGAUGGAACAUAUAAUGCUAAUCAUGUCAUUACACAACAGCAAGGUCCUGUAUCGAGUAGUUCACGUAAAGCUAUUAUUGAAGCAGCUAGUCGGGUUGGUGCAGCUAGCAAUGAUCUAUUACGUCAUGUAAUGCAUGGUGGAGAUGAUGAUGACGAUUUAUUCAACACAAAUUAUUUAAUUUUAACUGAUGAAGAAAGAAUUUACCAGGAUCAAUUGUUAGGACUUGCUAAAGCUGUCGCCAAUGCAACUGCUGGAUUAGUUGUAAAAGCUAAAGUAUUAGCUUCACAAAUUACAUCAGAUCCUGAAGCACAACAACGUGUCAUUGCUUCGGUUACACAAACUGGUUUAUGCACUAGUCAAUUGGUAGCUUGUACUAAAGUUUUAGCCCCAACUAUUCAUCAACCAACUUGUCAACAACAAUUAAGCGAAGCUGGUCGUGAAGUUACAUGGGCUGUAGAUGGUGUAGUUCAAGCAUCACGUGCUGCUGUUCAUGUACCAUCAGAAGAUCCACAAAUGGUUCAACAAUCAAUUAUUGAGACUGAAACUGCAGCUACAGAAGUUCGAGAUGCAUUAGAUCAACUUAAUGCACAUCUACUUAAAGGAUCAUAUAAAGGUUAUCAAGGUGAUGCUUUGAAUAGUUUCCAAACUUCUUAUGAAGACUUGAAACAAUAUUAUACUACAGAUGGUCAACGUAUGGUUGCAUCUGCACGUCGUCUUGCACAAGCUACAGCUCUUAUGAUUGCUGAUAUUAAAGCACAGGCUGAAGAGUCUGGGGAUGAUUCGGAUAGACAGAAUCGCUUAUUCCAUGCUGCUAAACAACUGGCAGAUGCUACUACCAACUUGAUUAAUGCUGCCAAGGCUUGUUCAUCUAACCCGGAUAACAUACAACUCCAAACAGAAUUACGUGACGCUGCAGAUGAAUUGUAUACUCUUGCCUAUUCAGCUGGAGGUGAACAAUUUCAGACACGUUUAAUACAUAAUUUACAAUCUGCUGCACGUGCUACAGUAACUGGUGCUACACAAUUGGUUAACAUUAGUCAAGCAGCUACAAAAUAUUCACGUGGUAAUAGUUAUCAAUUGCAUAAUGACACAAAGAAUGUGACUAAUCUUAUCCCAAAAACUGUCAUUACAAUUAGAGAAUCGCGUGCCAAUCCAGAUGAUCCAAUGGCAUUGCUUGAAUUAAUUGGUGCAUGUGAACGUUUCGUACAACCAUGUACAGCAAUGGUACGCUCUAGUAAAUCUUUAGCUCCAACACUAUCUGAUCCAUCUAUUCAAGCUGCUUUAGAAAAUUCAAACAGUCAACUGGCUAGUGCUUUAGAAACAUUAAUUACUUGUUUAAUAAAAGUUGCACCACUUGCUCGUCAUCUUCAGUUAGAUGGUGCAUUAACUAGAUUAACUCGUUUAUCAGAUGAAGUAGCUGGAAUAGAGACUAGUUUAAUUCAAGGUACACUAACUCCAAUACCUGAACAAAGGGUUGAAGAUUGUUGUCAUUUAUUAAAUAUCAGUGUCCAUGAUGGAACUGAGUCAGCGAAAAAAUUAGAUUCCAUUAUAAAUUCCAUGGCUAAAAUGGACUCAACUGUAUUAAAUCAACCGGAAUUAGCAGGUCAGUCAGCUGAUCAUUUAGCAUCAGCUAUGACUGGACUUGUACAUGCAACUCGUGGUAUAAUAGCUGAUCAAAAUAGUCUUAUUAUUAAUGGUAGUAAUAGUAACAAUAAUACAUCAGCUGCUGAAUCAACGCGUCGAGCUGUUAUUCAGGAUAUUCGACAGGCUGUACAAUUAUCAUAUGAAUUAGUAAGAGCAGUAAAAGAUACACGAAUAGCAUGUGAUGCUAAACAACCGGCUAAUGCAGCAACAGUUCAAAGUCAUAGUCAACAAUUAACUACACAAUUAAUUGAAACACUAACUCGUUGUUUACGUGGUCUACCUGGACAUAGAGAAAUUAGUGAAGCUACUCAUUUAAUUGAACAAAAACGUUCUCAAUUAAUUCAAUAUUCACAACCAAAUCAAAUUAGUUUAACAGCACGAUUUGUUGAACCAAAUGAAUAUCAACGAAAACAAACGGAUUUAACUCAAGCAGCUGUUGAAUUUAAUCAAGCUACUGGAGAAUUACUCUCUUCAUAUUCACCUGGUUCAUUUAAACGAACAACACGUCGUUUUACCGGGGCAUAUGAUUAUUUAACUGAUAAAGGCAUUGAAUUAUCUAUAUGCAAUGAAAACUUACCAAAUAAUCAACAAUUUGAACCAGUUGUUAAUACUGACCUAUUAAACGGACUUAUUAAUGUUUCAGAUCAAAGUUAUGUUUUAAUGAAUGAAGCUAGUCGACUUUGUUGUCAACCUGAAGCAGAAAAUCUAAGAGGAAAAUUCCAAUCAGCAGCUAGAGAUGUCACAGAAAGCAUAAGUCAAUUAUUGACAAUUUGCACUUCAGGUGUUAGUCCUGAUCAACGAGAAUGUGAAGCAGCGAUUCGACGCUUGGAUUCACUUCGUCCAUUGUUGUUAAAUCCAAAUAGACCAUUAAACCAGCAUAGUUAUUAUGAUUGUGUGGAUACUGUAGCGAAAAGUCUUGAGCCAUUAGCGGAAAGUCUAAGGACGAUGUCUACGUCAGCUCGUGAUCAAAAACCUAAUGAAUUCAGCUUUGCCGUACGUCAGUGCGCUAAUUCUGUUUGUCAGUUAGUUGAAGAAACUGCUCAGACUGCCUAUCUAAUUGGAUUAGCUGAUCGUAUUGAGAAUAGAAGAGUAAGUGGAGCUACUAGUAUCAGUAGUGGUAUAAGCAGUCCACCUGGAAGUUCAUCGAUAGAUUUGGAUUUAUUUAUACAAAGUCAAAAAGAAAUACAGUCCGCUUGUAAUGCUAUAUGCGAACCAAAUGUGAAUAAUCGUCAGGUUAUCUCUUUAUCUACUGAAAUGGCACGUAGUGCCAAAACUCUCUGUGAAGCAUGUAGUCAAUUGGCUAGUCAGACUACCAAUAUAGAUACCCGACAACGUUUGAAUAAUAUAACAAAGCAAACUAUGCAAUCAAUUACAUCACUUAUUCAACAUCGCGGUAGUACUGUGGCUACAGAUGUGAAUGGUGAGUGGUCUGGAUCAAAUCGUCAACAAACAUUAACAAAUGCUCAAGCAGUCAGCGCAAAUGUUGCCAAUUUAGUGAAAUUAAUUACAACUGAACCACGAUUGGUUGAUUUAACAACUUCACAGGAGCGAAUUACAAAUACAACUAAAGAGACUCAACGUCCAGUAUGUGUUGCUGGCUUAGAAAGUCUAAAUGCAACGCAAACUGUAUUAAGAGCUGCUCAAAAUUUACUAUCCACUUCUAGAAUGGGACCGUCAGAAAAUGCUUUUAUGGCUUUUUCAUCGGCUAGUAAAGAUCUAUCUAACAGUAUUAAAGUAUUGGCUAAUGCUAUGCGUGAAAAUGCUCCUGGUCAACGUGAAUGUCAAUAUGUAUUUAAUAAUAUCAAAAAAUUACUUCACGAAUUACAAGAUGCUCGUAUUGCUAGUAUGGAAAAUCGACUACCACCAAGACGUGAAUUAAAUGAAGAAGGUUUUCAACGACAACUGGCUACCAGCGUUCGUGCUUUAUUAGAUUCAGCACCGGCUGUAGGGCGUGCAGCUUCUUCGGAAGCAGAACAACUUGGUCGUACUAUACUUACAUGGGACUCUUAUCUUCCUGGUUUAGUUUCCGGUUCUAUAGCUGCUGCAUCACGUUCACCUUUGUCUAGCACACAAUUAGUGUACUUGGAUCAUGCAUGCACUGUUUUAGAAGCUGCUAGUCAAUUAAUUACUGUUGCUAAGGCUUCUGGUGGUAAUCCUAGAGCUGUACAUCUUCAUGAUAGUUUAAAUGAAUCUGUUCGUGGUUUAGUAGAUUCAUGUGAAGAAUUUUUAACCAUAUUAGAUGAUGUAGCUUCUCGUCAAGGUCAUGUGAGCACUCUUAUUGACACUUUGAAUCGCGCUCAAGCACAAGUUGAGGAAAUCAUUCAAGUUCCUAUGGAUGCAAGAUUUUCUGAUUAUCAAACACGUAUGUUAAGAAUUGCUCGACAUAUGGAUCAGUUGAAUCAAGCUAUUCAAUUACGUGCUAGACAACCUGCUUCGGAUGGUGAGAUUGCUCCUUUGGCUCAUAAUUUAACACAGGUAAGGUCUACGUUGUUGGUUUGUUUGGUGCAGUAUGUUUUUUUGGGUGCGUAUAUUUCAGGUAUGUUUGUCAAUGAUGAUUCAUUUCAGAAUCCCUACUCGUGUAAUAAGCUAAUCAUUAAAAAUCACAUAUAUCUUGUUUGUACGUGACUUUUGAAAAACAGUUAAUUUAGCUUCACUUUCAGUAUGUAUGUAUGUGCAUCAUUUCCAUAACAUUUUACAGAAAUAAGAUUGAACAAAAUGGGGUGUUUUCUUUAUAUGAUGUGUAACAGUGUAGUCUAAGCAACGAUCCUUAUCCUAGUCGGUACUCAUCAGUUUGAUAUAACCACAUUCCUGAUUACUUUUGUUAUUACCACUAGGAAUGAAGAGCCAGAUUAUUGUACACUAUAAUGUUAACUUACUAAAACCAUUUGUAUAACUUGAGAUUAGUUGUUAUUCCACUACAUAAAUCCCCACUGUUUAUUUGUCUUCUCACAUAAUUUCUUAUUGAUUUUUCAAAACUAUUGACUCCAUCAUCGUCACCUCUUUGUCAUUGUUUUUAUAACAUUUGCUUCUCUCCCUCUAUGUGCCCAUGUAAACUGGAGCAAUUUGAAAAGAUACAUAUAUCAGUUAGGCCAUAAUUUGUUUACGUAUAACUAUCCGUUAAUCAUUUACAGUUUUUUUAUACUCAGGUUUCUUCUGUGUACUUUUUGAUUCUGAUACUUGUUGGAAAGAUGGUGUGUCAGUUUAAAAGAUGCUCAUUAUAGAGAUAUAAAAUGUUUACAUGAGACGAAUUAUCGAUUAAAUAUCAUAUCUGUUUUUAUAUUCUCAUUCUUUCUACAUCAAUACCAGUUCGAGUAUUAUUUGUGAAACUAAACAUUUAUUUAUUCAGACAAGGAAUUAGGGAAAAUACAUUAUUUUUUAGGCAAGUGUAUGAGGUGGCAGAAUUAAUUCGGGACAUUUUAAUUAUGAACAAUAGUCAAUCAGCUAUUGGCAGACACUGUUAAUAUAAAGUAUUACAUGGAAACUCCUGAAUUCAGUAUUCGUCUAUAUUUCUCGAUAAUUUUAAAAUACUUCUGUUUUGUGCAUAGUCUAUUCAAUUAUUGAUUUUACCAUAAUGACAUUUGGUAAUUGUUGUGUUAGUUAACUUUUAUUUGGCAUAUACUUAUGUUGUUCUCACUAUUAUUAUUAUUAUUAUUAUCAGUACUGUUAUUAUUAGUCAUUUAAUUGUCUAAUUUAUGUUUAGAAACGGAUAUUCAUGUAUUCGCUAUGUGUAUAUGUGCCUAAUUUUCAAUGAAAAUGUACAUCCUGUAAAAAAACGUAAAUUACAUGUUCAUACAUGAAUUUAUGUAUGAUAUAACAAGAGUUUUCACUUCGUUUACAGUUUACCUAAAUACUAACUAUAUUAAUUAUCAAAAUUGUAAAUAAUAAUAAUAAUAGUCACGCUCGAGUACUAAGUUUUAUAACAAAUUUUUUUAACAGAUUAUGAUGAAAAACUGGGGCUUUUUAAAAAAGAAAAAGUUUUAUUUCAUAUAAACAAAUCCAACAGUCAUUAUAUUAUGAUGUGAAGGUUAAUUACAAUAUGAAAUGAUUAUAGUUUUACUCUACCCAAAUUUAAACUUCAAUCAAAGUUGAACCAAAAUUUAAUUUGUUUAGUGUAACUAACUUGUUAUUUGUGUUCAAUAACUUUGUAAUAGUUUAUCUCUCUAGCUUAGACACACUUUUUGACUGAUACAUUAAGUAAUCCUUAAUCGGCUAUUAAAUAGUGAUAAAUAUUAUGUUUUCCAGUUAGCUGUAGCAAGUGAAUCAUAAUUAAUUUGUUUAUAUUCUAAUCAUUCAGCUUACUGACAUUACAUACUUAAUUAAUCGACAAAAACACCUCAUUUAGAAUUUGAGCUUAAAUAAGACGAUAUAUUAGUUUACCAUCCAAUAGACCAUUGGUCUGUUCAAUUACUUCAUGUACGAGGGGUAGUGGCAGUUGUUUUACGGUUUAGUAGUAACGUCUUUAAAUGUGACAUGUGGUAUCAAUGUACUGUGAAUAAAUCUUAUUGAUAGAUUGAAGUAAGGAUGAAAUAAUGUUUAAAUUUACCUAUUUGAGUUCAUAACAAAAUAUCGACAAAGGAGAGUCUGCAAAAUUAAGAAAGUAACGCAAAAUAAUUAGUGUUAGUUAUUUUUAGGUCAGAUUAUCCAAACUGGAUGGUUUAGUUAUGAGAUUUUUUAAAUAUUCUGUAUAGAACUUUGUCAGAGCCUGUUCUAAUCAUAAAGUCAUGAAAACGAAUUAGUUUGGUCAAUUUUACAUUUCUGAGAUAAGUUCAAAAACUUCACUACUAUAUUUGAAUUAAGACUGCCUAACAUCACUAAGAACAUCCGGUUAAGCUAUAAAUGUUCUGAACCACUUAAUAAUAUUCAUUCAUGAAUUCACAUGAGAUAAUCUUUUAUUCAAGAAUAAAAUUUCUGGCUUCAACUCCAUAUAAUGACGAUGAUGCUAUUGAAAAAUGCUUAAUAUAAAGCAACAUUAUCCAGUAUUCCUUAAUUUCUAGUGAUUCUUUCAACUGAUAUCCAGAUCCAUAACAGAGGAUCAAUUUUCAAGCAAUAAAUAAAUUUUAAUAAAGUAUUUAACUAUUAAAUAAUACGAUCAGAAUUUGUCGAGAAUAUUUAUAAUGAAAGUUGGGAUAACUAAUUAUUUCAUAUUAAUGUAAAUACAUAUCAAAUAUAAGUGGGAUUAUUGUAUUAAUAGAUAACUUAUUUACAAUAUAGAUGAAAUACUGUUGCGUAGACAGCAAAAUUAAUGAUUAAGUUAAAAAUUUGCUAGUGUGGAGCAUUUCAGUUUACACUAAUCUUAAAAAUAUAUUAUGAGAUCAAUCCUAUAAAUUAGGUAUUGAUAUUAAUUUUUGUUCCGUCUAUAUUAUUAUUAUUAGGAAUAUCAAGAAAUGUGUCAAACUUGUAAAGGUGCUGCUGCAACUUUACCCGAUGUCAAUCAAGCUGAUCAAUUGAGAUCAGCUGUUCGUGGUGUUGGGACAGCAUGUAUAAGUUUAAUACAGGCUACAACUGCAAGUCGUCCCGAUAUCUAUGGAUCGGGAACAACAACAGGUGGUCAAAAUCUACUUUUAAGUCGUAAUAAAAGUAUAGUCGAAUUGGAUAGGCGAGCUGAAUUCUUAGAUUCAAAAUUGCGUAACUUGAUCAACUUGCUCGAAACUCAUGGUCCUGGCACACAAGCUUGUUUACAGUCUGCUAGCACAGUCAGUGGAAUUAUUUCAGAUCUAGAUACAACUAUCCUGUUUGCUAGUUCAGGCACGCUACAUCCACCUGUUCGUGAUGAUUUUGAUGCUAUAUGGACUGAUAAUGAAUUUGGCCAUUCACGAUUAACAACUGAUCGAGGUCAUUAUUUGGCAUUAUCGAACAAUACGGAUGGAACUAGUAUACCAAGUCGUACUGGAAGUCGAUCAGAAAUGCAUAAUGUCGAGAAUUUCACUCCUUUAAGAGAGAGUAUAGCUCGUACUGCACGUGCUCUUGUCGAUGAUACUCAAUCAUUGGUUAGUGGAACUGGUGAAGAUCAAGCACGAUUAGCUAGUACAGCACAUACAGCUGUGGAACGUAUUACAGAACUUGCGGAUGUUGUUAAACGUGGUGCAGCAGUUAUUGGGCCAGGUCAACCAGACACACAGACUUGUCAGUCGUUUGCUAGCAUUGUGUUUGAUCGACCUCGUCUUUAUUAGGUCAAUAGCAAGAAUAAUGAACCUUUUUUCCCUUCUCUUUUCUACUUUUCUUUGUUCCUUUUUUUAAAUCAAUUUUUUCUAUCCUCGCCUCUUUAUCAUUUAUUGUCUCUUGCACUAUAAAAUCGGUUUAGUUUAUUAACGUUUUUGUUCUCUAGUGUUAUUGUUGACCCAUUAGAAGAUGGAUUGUGAAUCCAUCAUGAUAAACCGUUCAAUCGUUUACACGUAAUGUCUGUACUUCUUGUCUGUAUGCAUUUUAUUCAGUUUUCUUAUUAACUGUAAUAUGUGUCUAUAAUUAACUAUAAUCUUUCUAUAUAUUUUUUGUUAGUUUGACAAUUUAAGCAUUUAUUUGUAGCCGUCAAUCUUUGCAUGUGGAUGAUAAUACGUUAUCUUAGUUUGCGUUUUUUAAAAAAAAUUGUUCUCUUUUUUAUUCUUUCAGUUACUGUUCUUUUCAUAUUCUUGUCAUCUUGUUUAUUGAUCAAUAUCACAUUUACACAUUUAUCACUUAUUUUCUAAUCAAUUCAUUUUAUAUGACCAGAUCUUAGUAGGAUUAUUGUUACUUCAUUCACUUUAAUUCAUUAUAAUGGGAAAAACGGUUUUUUUUUUAGACACUAUUCCAUACAUUGUUUUGGUGAGUAAAUGUAGGUUACACUAAUUUGUUCUUCUAAUAGUGAUUUUUUGAAAAAAAAGGUCUACAAACUUUAAUCUGCUUUUUUUUUCUCAAAGAUAUUCAAACUUCUUUCAAUAAUUUCUUACAUAUUAUUGUUCAUCACUGAAUAGAACUAUCUAUGAUCUACUUAAUACUACUUAGAACCUAUUUAAGUAGUUAGGUGUCAGUAAAGACUAGGGAGGUCAUUAUAUUUAAUAAUAUAGUUCAUAGGCAAAAUUACUGUCUUAUUUCUCUCAUUCCUCUUAUUUGGCUAAAUUGAAUACUUUUAUAUUUAUCAAUUUGUUAUUAAUCUGUAAUUUGCAUGCUUUGAUGACAGCUUGCUUUUUUUGCUUGCCUUUUUUUCCUGUCUACAUUAAUCUGACUUUGAAUCCUGUGACGCGUUUACUAUGCUGCUCUGAUGCACGUCGUUUUAUUCUACAAUAAAUAAAUGAAUCUGUAUAUAUACACAUACGCGUAUACAUAAUUACAUCCAUAAUUCACGUACGAUAUAUUGAUAUCUAUUUGGUUUAUUCAUUCAACUGUUCUCAUUCCUUCUUGAAUCGGUAAAAACUAACUACAAAAUAUAUAUUGAUGGAUAACGAUGGUGGUGGUCGUGAUGAUGAUGAACAAUCACAUUGGAUAACAUCCUGUUCUUCUCGCUUAUACUACUAUUAUAAAUCUCAUUUAUAUACAACUGUUUAUUUUCUGGACUAUGUGCCAACGGUGUGGAAUGUAUGGUCAAUAUUGAAUGUCAUGGUAUGCCUUAAAAUAUUCCUGGACUCUCCUAAAUUUUCGGUAUCUUUUCAAUUGUGCGAUCUUUGUCAAGGUGGAAUUAUUAACAUCAUCUCGAGAUAUUGCUACUGCUUUACGUAGUGUGUUUCUUUCAGCCGGUAAAGUACAAGGGCGUCCGUCCUUAGAUCCUGUUUAUGAUGAAGUUCGAUCAAACGCUCAGGUUGGUUCCCAAUUUAUAUGUAUUAAAUUUUUGGUCAAUCGCCUUUAUAUAGAUGUGUACUAGAAAGCAUGUGUUUAGCUUUCUUUCACGAACUGAAUUUAGCAAAAUAAUAUUUGAGUCUAUUAUUAUU